CAGCGGAGGUUCGGCUUGGCGGUGUGCCGCACCUGGCCUGGGGGCUCCUGCCCUGCGGAGCGGGACUGGGCGGGCGGCUCUCGGCCUCAGCUCUCUCCAGCGGGGCGGCUCGGCCCGUGGCAGGGCUCGGAUACGAGAGGGCAGUCGCAUGAGGGAAGGAAAGGAUUGUGGCAGGUGGAGGCUUUAACGCUAAGAGAGAAGUCAGAGUUGUCUAGAGGAGGAAUGCCGCAACUGCAAAGCAGUCUCCUUUCCAAUUCCCUGCUAAAGCAGGUUCCCCUCUAUCAGAGGGCACUGGAACAAAUCCAGGAUAAUAUUCAAGGGUGGAUGAGAGACAUAACCAGCCUUUCUGCGGGUGCAGAACAGGCACAGAAAGAAGAAAGCGUUGCCGUACAGUUGACGAAGCACGAAAAGGAAGUUACUGUUCCUUCUAAUGAGCUUGGUUCAGCAAAUGCAGCUACUGACCAGGAAGAGCAAUCUGCAUUAGAAAUCAGAAAGGACUACAUAUGCAGAAGUAGUGGGAGACCUGAGAAUACAGAUACGAUUGAAUCUCUUGUGAUGGAUCAGGAUGCAUCUGGAAACUAUGAACUCUAUCUGCCUGUGUCUGGUAGUUGUUCAGCAAUGGAAUCAUCUGAGGACAGUGAGGAGGACAUGUAUCGUGAUGCAGAAGAAAUAGAGAGAGAGAAAAUGUUACUUUCUGAGACAAGCUCUUCAGAAUAUAAAUUGAGUGUUGCACCUGAAGUGGACAUUAUGCUGUACUGCAGAAAAGAAUGGAGAGGAGACACACCAGUAGCAAAAACAAUGAGAAAGGGCUAUGAAGCAGUUGCUCAGAAGUUUGCAUCUAUAAGGAGAGUACGAGGUGACAAUUAUUGUGCUCUAAGAGCAACUCUUUUCCAGGCACUAAGCCAAGCUACCCAGUUACCAAGCUGGCUGCAGAGUGAAGAUUUUACUAUGCUCCCUGAAAACUUGCUGAGCAAGUAUGACUGGAUCAAGCAGUGGCAGCUAAAACACAAGCUGGGCAGGAAGAGGGGAGAAAUAAGUGAUGAAAUCAAAGAAUAUUUAAUACUUCUAAGGAAAAAGUGGAAGAAUAUAAGUGAAAUCAAAGGUCCUGUUGAGAAACAAGAAGCUUGUGAUAACUUGUUUAAAAAUGAAGAGGAGGAGUAUAGUCUCUAUGAAGCACUAAAAUUUUUGAUGCUUAACACUGCCAUCGAAUUAUACAAUGAGGAUAAAAGUGGAAGGAGAGUUCCUGUCUUCUCAUGGUUACUGUUUGCACGGGAUACAUCCAGCAACCCUUGUCAGUUAAUGCAUAAUCACUUGAAUCACAUUGGUCACAGUGGAGGCCUUGAACAAGUAGAAAUGUUUCUCCUUGCUUAUACUCUGCAGUAUACCAUCCAAGUGUAUCGACUGUAUAAAUAUAGUACUGAUGAAUUCAUCACGCUUUAUCCCAAUGACCCGAAGGAGGACUGGCCUGUGGUGACUCUCAUCACUGAAGAUGACAGACAUUAUAAUAUCCCAGUCAGAAUGUGCCAGGAGACUGUGCCAUAAACAAGUAGGUUUUGGCAGACAAACCUGUGCUGCUUCUUGAGGUUUCCAGUGCUACUUUGAAACAGGAUGAUGAUGACAUCUGUAUCAUUAAAUCUUACACAAGUUGAAAUGUAUCUUUGAAAAGUUUCCAUCUGAGAAAAAAGUAUCAAACAGGUACUAACUUAGAGAGUAAUAAUUUUGCAAGUAUGGCUUUUGUUGCACAGAAAAGAAAAGAAGGAAAUGUCUGCAGUCCUUUUUUUGAAGGACUUACUCUGAAUUAACAAUGCAAAAAGUAUAGAUUUACUUCUUAAAAGAAGAUAGGUGAGACUGUGGUAGGACAUGAGCUGACCUUCUGCUCCCUGAAAUAAUGAGAUGAUGAUGAUGAGUUGACAUGUCUGGAAAAUAAGCUGACAGGAUCCUGACUGGUGUUUGUAAUGCUACUUAGAAGCGAUUUGUACAAAGCUUGAGUCUCAGGAAACAAUAGAGUUCUUUUGUGUGCUUGUGUUAAUGCCUGCCAUGGUUUAUGCUGUAAGAGAGAUGUUAAAGUUCUGUAAUGCUUUGGGACUUUUUCCCACAUGAAGUCAUCCAUUACACUGAAAAUGAGGAGCUGUCUCCUUUCAACACCAUGAGAGGAUCAUGGCAAAGAGACUUGAUAAUAAGGAAGUUUAAAAGUUGGUUGUUAAUAGGUCAGAAAAUCAAAACCUACACAGAAUUCCCUUUUGUGAUAGCCGAGAUAAUCAUGUGCCCACUACCUUCCAUGGGUAUUUUUAUCCCUGUUCCUGUCAUGUUAAUUCUUAACUGCUUGCUGCUGUGGAGAACAUCAGGGAUUUUAAUUUGUCCAGGGAGUGCAGAAGAGGGGAGUAAACUUCUGGUGCAGCUUCUCCCUCUUGGGAGGAAUACGUGGGAGGCGGUUCUGUUUCUGCUUAGAAUUAUUCACUAUGCUUAAAACUGAAGGAAUACAGAAUAUAUCAGGUGCUGGGAGUGCUGACAUCCUUUAAAAAAGUAGUUAAGUAAUAAAACCUUCACCUUCUAGCUUAAAGGGAAAGGAUGCCCCACAGGAUGAUUCUCAGAACGAGAGACUCAGAGUUGAUUUAAAUGAAAUGCCGACCAUACACAUGGCUUCUCUUAGAAGGCCUUCUGAUAUAAAAGGGGUAAGAUGAUAAAAAACUACUUUUUGUUAAAAUAUUCUGGAGGAAAUGGCAUGCAAAACUUCAGAUUCUUCUGUUUUCUACUCCAGAUUGAUUUGGUUUCUUUUAUUGUGAAAUAAAUGAGAAUGUGUCUUCACGGUGUUCAGAAACGUGCUUUACACACGUUUCAAUGAGGUCUGUUACAAUGAGGUCUGUUACAUACUUGGUGCUGUAUUUAUCAUGUCUUUGCCUUGUGAAACAAACUUAGUCUGUUACUGAAAACUUCUGGGAGCUACAAGGGAAUAAAAAUAAACCAAAUACAU